AUGGAGAGGUCUAUUGGCACCAUGAGCACUGAGCAGCCAUUUACCAGCAAAAAAGAGGGAGAACUUACCGAGGUGCGCUUGCUUCACCAUGGCGAGAAUGAUCUGCUGCAAGGCGAGAUAGUCGACCAGGUUCUGGCGUCAAAGAUGAAUCUUAUCAACGAUGCGAUUGACGAGAUUGGUUUUACGCCUCAUCAUUGGAAGCUGUUUUGUCUAAAUGGAUUUGGAUAUGCCGUUGAUUCCUUGAUUUUGCUCAUCCAGUCGAUUAUUUCAGGAAAGGCUGAACUCGAGUUUCAGCCAUCUUAUAGUACCGGCCUGACAAUUGCAGUGUAUGUGGGUAUGCUCGUGGGCGCGUUGUUCUGGGGUUUAUCAGCAGAUGUCAUCGGUCGUCGAUUCGCUUUCAAUGUUUCCCUCUUCAUAUCAUCAGUCUUUACUAUCGUGGCCGGCGCGUCGCCUAAUUGGGUUGUGUUGGGAUUAUUCACCUGUCUCAGCGCCUUCGGUGCUGGAGGAAAUCUGGUCUUGGAUACUGCUGUCUUUUUGGAAUAUCUUCCUAGUAAGGAGCAAUGGCUGAUCACGUUGAUGGCAGCUUGGUGGGGUUGUGGUCAGCUCAUUGCCGGUUUAUUUGCCUGGGCCUUUCUACCAAACUACUCUUGCGCAUCAGCUGCUACCUGCACUUAUGACAAUAAUAAAGGAUGGCGGUACGUCUGGUAUACCUCCGGUGCCUUUGUUUUCGUUCUUUCUGUGCUUCGUGUUACCAUCAUUCGCUUGCAAGAGACUCCGAAGUUUCUAAUAACCGAUGGUCGUGACGAACAAGCUGUCAAGGUGCUGCAAGACAUUGCCAAAAGUUACAACCGACCAUGUAGUCUCACCGUUGGGAUGUUGCAACAACUUGGGACUUUACAACGCCCAAACCAGGGUGCCAAGAGGCAGCGCUUUUCCUUUUCCGAGUUGAUUUUCCAUUUCCAAGGCCUUUUCUCUACGCGCAAAAUAGGUCUAUCGACGGUCCUGGUCUGGUUCUCAUGGCUUCUGAUUGGACUGGCAUAUCCACUGUACAACGUUUUCCUUCCCACUUAUCUGGAAUCGCGUGGUGCACAAUUCGGAGUCAACAGCGCGUAUCUCACAUGGAGGAACUAUACACUGGUCAAUUUUUCCGGCAUAUGGGGUCCCGUACUGGCAGGCUUCAUGUGUCGGUCACGGUGGUUUUGGGGUCGGCGCGGUACCAUGAUUGUCGGUGCUCUCGUCACGAUGGUCUUUUUCUUUGCCUAUACCCAGGUGCGGACUGAAAGCGAAAAUAUUGGAUUCUCGUGCACCGUCAAUUUCUGUUUGAACAUUUACUACGGUACCUUGUAUGCGUAUACGCCCGAGGUCUUCCCAUCCGCUCAUCGCGGAACGGGUAAUGGAGUGGCUAUUGGAUUGAAUCGAAUCAUGGGCAUUAUUAGUGCCGUUGUGGGAGAGGCCGCCAACUUGGAUACCGCCGUGCCGAUCUACAUCUGCGCAGCACUUUACGCAGUCAUGGCCAUUGUAGCAGGUCUUUUUCCAUUCGAACCCUAUGGUCGACGUAGUUCCUGA